AUGACCACUUUGCUAUUAGUGUUUGUGUGCUUCCAAGUCAUCACUGCAGCCACCACCUUGGAGCUCUCAGACAGUAGUGAUGGCCUGGAAGUGAAGAUACCUGAGCAGUCUCCCCUGCGUGUUAUCCUGGGAAGCUCCCUGAACAUCCCUUGCUACUUCAACAUCCCAGAGGAAGAGGACAGCAGCGCUCUGCUGACGCCCCGCAUCAAAUGGAGCAAGCUGUCGAACGGCACCGAAGUCGUCUUGCUGGUGGCCACAGGGGGGAAGAUCCGGCUCAACUCGGAGUACAGGGAGGUGAUCUCUUUGCCCAACUACCCAGCCAUCCCCACUGAUGCCACCCUGGAAAUCAAGGCACUGAGGUCCAACCACACUGGCAUCUAUCGCUGUGAAGUGAUGUACGGCAUUGAGGACAGGAAAGACACAAUAGAGGUCCUGGUGAAAGGCGUCGUGUUCCACUACAGAGCAAUCUCCACCAGGUACACCUUGAACUUUGAGAAAGCAAAGCAGGCCUGCAUCCAGAACAGCGCUGUCAUUGCUACUCCUGAGCAGCUGCAAGCUGCCUACGAGGAUGGGUACGAGCAGUGCGACGCCGGCUGGCUGGCUGAUCAGACUGUCAGGUACCCCAUCCACUGGCCUCGGGAGCGCUGCUAUGGUGACAAGGAUGAAUUUCCAGGAGUGAGGACCUACGGUGUCCGUGAGCCAGAUGAAACCUAUGAUGUUUACUGCUAUGCAGAGCAAAUGCAAGGCAAAGUCUUCUACGCCAGCGCCCCGGAGAAGUUCACCUUCCAGGAAGCUUCGGACAAGUGCCGCAGCCUAGGAGCUCGCUUGGCCACCACGGGGGAGCUGUACCUGGCCUGGAAGGACGGGAUGGACGUGUGCAGCGCGGGCUGGCUGGCCGACCGCAGCGUGCGCUACCCCAUCUCCCGCGCCCGGCCCAACUGCGGCGGCAACCUGGUGGGGGUGAGGACGGUCUACCUGCACGCCAACCAGACCGGGUACCCCCACCCCGACUCGCGCUACGACGCCAUCUGCUACAGCGGGGAAGAUGUUGGAAGCCUGAUCCCAGGGCAGUUCAUCGAUGAGCUAGGCAGUGGGCUGGGCAGUGGCUUCACUGUGCAGACUGUCACCCAGACUGAAGUGGAGCUGCCCCUGCUACACAAUGCCACAGAGGAGGAGGCUCGCGGCAGCAUCGCCACCCUGGAGCCCAUCGAGAUCACACCCACGGCCACCCAGCUGUAUGAUGGCUUCACUGGCCUGCCUGAGCUCUUUGCCACAAGUCUGACAGUAGAGACAACUGCCCCAGAGGAGAAUGUGACCAGGGAAGAUGUCACAGGGGGCUGGACUGUACCUGCAGAGCUCACCACCGUAGCCUUAGGCACUGCCAUCACCACUGAAGGGGCAGAGGUGAGCUCCCUGGAAGAUGUCGUGGGGGUGACUGCCACGCCAGGACUAGAGUCUGCCUCCACGUCCAUGGUGGAAGAUCAGCUGGUUCAAGUGACAGCAGCCCCUGGUGUGGGUCUCCUCCCAGAGCAGCCCAUCUCCCCCACAGGGGUGGUGUUUCACUACCGUGCUGCCAGCAGCAGAUAUGCCUUCUCCUUCAUCCAAGCCCAGGAGGCCUGCCUGGAGAACAACGCAGUGAUCGCCACCCCUGAGCAGCUGCAGGCUGCCUACGAGGCUGGCUUCGACCAGUGCGACGCCGGCUGGCUGCGGGACCAGACAGUCAGGUACCCCAUUGUGAACCCCCGAAGCAACUGCCUGGGAGACAAAGAGAACUCUCCAGGGGUGCGGUCGUACGGCAUGCGCCCGGCCUCAGAGACCUACGAUGUGUACUGCUACAUUGACAGGCUCAGGGGUGAAGUGUUCUUCGCAACCCAGCCGGAGCAGUUCACCUUCCCAGAAGCUCAGCGGUACUGCGAGAGCCAGAACGCCACCCUGGCCUCUGUGGGGCACCUGCACGCAGCCUGGCGGCAGGGCCUGGACAGGUGCUACGCCGGCUGGCUGGCGGACGGCAGCCUGCGCUACCCCAUCGUCAACCCCCGGCCCGCCUGCGGCGGGGACGCGCCCGGCGUCAGGACCAUCUACCAGCACCACAACCAGACCGGCUUCCCCGACCCCCUGGCACGCCACCACGCCUUCUGCUUCAGAGCUUUGCCACCUGUGGAGGAGGAUGGAGUCACCUCAUUCUCUGAAGAUGUGAUGGCAACCCAAGUGAUCCCUGGCGUGGAGGGGGUACCCUCUGGGGAAGAGGUGACUGUGGAGACAGAGUUUGCCACUCAGCCUGAGAAUCAGACCGCCUGGGGGCCAGAGAUCUUUCCAACUGAUGUGUCACUCCUCCCAGUGAGUCCCUCUGCUUUUCCUCCAGCCACCACAACUCCAGAGGAGACCAGCACCUAUGUUUCCACCGGUGAAGUGUCAGGGCAGGUGACUGAACCUGGAGAACACCAAGCCAGUGGUGAACCUUCAGCAUCCGGGUGGGCUUCUGGAGUCCCAGAUACAAGUGGGGAACCAACUUCUGGAGGCUUUGAACACAGUGGAGAACACUCAGGGGCUGGAGAAAGUGGAUUACCAUCGGGAGACCUGCAAACCAGUGGCUUCCUACCUGGAGAAAGUGAGCUGCCCUCAGGGGAUCUAAGCGGGGUGCCUUCUGGCGUCGUUGACAUCGGCGGCCUGCCCUCUGCAGAGGAAGAAGUAUUGGUGCCUGCUUCCAGGGUACCGGACAUCAGUGGGAUGCCAUCUGGAGUGGAGAGCAGUGGGCAGCCUUCUGGAUUUAGUGGAGAAAUCUCUGGCACGGAGCUAGUCAGCGGUGUGUCAUCUGGAGGGGAAAGUGGACUCGCCUCUGGUUUCCCAACCAUCUCCCUGGUGGAUACCACCUUGGUGGAAGUCGUUACGACGGUGCCAGAACGGCAGGAGGAGGGACAGGGAUCCGUCGGAGUCAGCGGGGAAGGAGAUCUCUCAGGCCUCCCACCCACCGAAUGGGACACCAGUGGUGGAGCCCAGGGCUUACCCUCAGGAGCUGAGCUCAGUGGGGAGCCCUCUGGAGUGCCUGAGCUCAGUGGAGAGCCUUCUGGGGUACCCGAGCUCAGCGGGGAGCCCUCUGGGGUGCCCGAGCUCAGCGGGGAGCCCUCUGGGGUGCCCGAGCUCAGUGGGGAGCCCUCUGGAGUGCCCGAGCUCAGCGGGGAGCCCUCUGGAGUGCCUGAGCUCAGCGGGGAGCCCUCUGGGCACGGUGGGUUGCCCUCAGGACUGGAUGCCAGUGGAGAACCAUCUGGGACACAUGAGAUCAGUGGCCUGACAGACCUAAGUGGCCUUAUUUCUGGUAGCAGUGGAAGCGGCGAGGCCUCAGGCAUCACCUUCAUAGACGCCACCUUGGUGGAAGUGGCAACGACCCCCUCGGUGACAAGGGCAGAAGCUAAAGAGGUUCUGGAAAUCAGUGGAUUGCCUUCUGGAGGUGAAGAUGUGUCAGGCAUGGUUUCUGGGGGUUUAGGCAUCAGUGGUGAGCCUUCUGGGCACCUAGACUUUGGUGGGAGUGCUUCUGGAGCGCUCGAGACGAGCGGGCACCCGAGCGGAGGGGUUGACAGCAGUGGAGAAGUCUCUGGAGUUGAUGUCACCAGUGGCCUACUGUCUGGAGAGGGAAGUGGACUCACCUCUGGCUUCCCCACAGUCUCUCUUGUGGAUACCACUUUGGUGGAAGUUGUAACCCAGACCUCAGUUGACCAAGAGGUGGAAGGAGGACCAUCUGGGGUGAUUGAAGUCAGUGGAGUUGCUUCUGGAGACAGAGGACUGUCUGGAGAAGGGUCUGGAGCAGUGGAGACUAGUGGGUUCCCUUCAGAGACAGGAGACAUCAGUGGAGAGCCAUCUGGGAUCCCAUACAUCAGUGGAGACAUUUCUGGAGCCGUAGAUCUAAGUGGACAAUCUUCCUCAGUGACUGAUAUUAGUGGGGAGACAUCAGGGUUUCCAGAAGUCACUUUAGUCACUUCUGAUUUGGUAGAAGUCGUGACAAGGCCAACAGUGUCACAGGAACUUGGAGGGGAAACAGCUGUCACCUUUCCCUCCAGCUUUGAGCCAAGUGGGGAGGUCUCUGCUUCUGGUGAACCGAGUGAGGAAACAUCUGCAUUGCCAGAAAGUGGUGCAGAAACAUCAUCAGCUUAUGAAAUCAGUGGGGAAACAUCUGCAUUUCCUGAAGCUAGCACAGAGACAUCCACGGGUCAAGAAAUCAGUGGGGAAACAUCUGCAUUUCCUGAAAGUGCUGUAGAAACAUCCACAAUUCAGGAAAUCAGUGGGGAAACCUCUGCCUUCCCUGGAUUUAGCACAGAAACCUCUUCAGUGCAGGAAACCAGUGGAGAAACCUCUGCCUUUCCUGAGAUCAGCAUAGAGACUUCCACAGUGCAGGAAAUCAGUGGAGAAAGUUCUGCCUUUCCUGAGAUCAGCAUAGAGACUUCCACAGUCCAUGAAAUCAGUGGAGAAAGUUCUGCCUUUCCUGAUAUUAGGAUAGAAACAUCCACAAGUCAAGAAGCCAGGGGUGAAACCUCUGGCUACCCUGAAAUUACCAUUGAGACCUCCACAGUGCAGGAAACCAGUGGAGAGACCUCUGCCUUCCCUGAGAUCAGCAUAGAGACUUCCACAGUGCAGGAAACCAGUGGAGAAACCUCUGCCUUUCCUGACAUUAGGAUAGAAACAUCCACAAGUCAAGAAGCAAGGGGUGAAACCUCUGGCUACCCUGAAAUUACCAUUGAAACCUCCACAGUGAAUGAAACCAGUGGAGAAACCUCUGCCUUCCCCGAGAUCAGCAUAGAGACUUCCACAGUCCAUGAAAUCAGUGGAGAAAGUUCUGCCUUUCCUGAGAUCAGAAUAGAAACCUCCACAAGUCAGGAAGCCCGAGGUGAAGCCUCUGCAUUUCCUGAGAUCAGCAUAGAGACUUCCACAGUCCAUGAAAGCAGUGGGGAAGCCUCUGCGUUCCCUGAGGUUAGAAUAGAAACCUCCACAAGUCAAGAAGCCAGGGGUGAAUCGUCUGCCUACCCCCAGAUCAGCCUAGAAACCUCCACAGGUCAAGAAGUAAGCGGGGAAAGCUCUGCGCUUCCUGAGAUCAGAAUAGAAACCUCCACCAGUCAAGAAGCCUGGGGUGAAACAUCUGCAUUCCCCGAGACGAGCACAGCAGCAGCCGCGGUGCACAGAAGCAGUGCAGAAGCAGCUGCGUUGCCUGCUGCUAGCUUGGAGCCAGCCGCCGCAGCCUCGGCCACCGGGCAGCCCUCUGGUGCUCCCGAGGAGACUCCUGGUGCAACGUCCGGAGCGGUGACGCGCUCGGUGGCAGGCAUCUGGGAGGAAACCGCUGUCCCAGACGCUGUAACGAGCACCAGCAGCGCGGAUGCUGAACCCACGCAGCCACCCAGGAACCCUGAAGAGACUCAGCUGGAAACACAGCCCUCCCCCCCUGCGGUGUCGGGACAGGAGACAGAGACGGCUGCUGCUCCAGACACCCCCCAUCUGCUGGCCACCGCUACUGCUGUCCUGCCUCAAGUCUCACAAGAAGCCAUAGACGCCUUAGGACCCACCACACAAGACACUGAUGAGUGCCACUCAAGCCCCUGUCUGAAUGGAGCUACCUGCGUGGAUGGGAGCCUUGGUGACCCUUUCAAAUGCUUGUGCCUUCCCAGCUAUGGAGGGGACCUGUGUGACAUGGACCUGGAAAACUGUGAGGAGGGUUGGAUCAAGUUCCAAGGCCACUGCUACAGGCACUUUGAAGAGAGGGAGACUUGGAUGGAUGCGGAGAACAGAUGUCGACAGCACCAAGCCCACCUGAGCAGCAUCAUCACCCCAGAGGAGCAAGAAUUUGUGAACAGUCACGCACAGGACUACCAGUGGAUUGGCCUCAAUGACAGAGCUGUGGAGAACGACUUCCGCUGGUCCGACGGGCACUCCAUGCAAUUUGAGAACUGGAGGCCCAACCAGCCGGAUAACUUCUUCGCGGCGGGCGAGGACUGCGUCGUGAUGAUCUGGCACGAGCGAGGCGAAUGGAACGACGUCCCCUGCAACUAUCACCUCCCUUUCACCUGCAAGAAAGGAACAGUGGCCUGUGGGGAGCCCCCCGUGGUGGAGAACGCCAGGACCUUUGGCCAGAGGAAGGACCGCUACGAAAUAAACUCCCUGGUGCGGUACCAGUGCGACCAAGGCUACAUCCAGCGCCACGUGCCCACCAUCCGCUGCCAGCCCAGCGGGCAGUGGGAGCAGCCACAGAUAUCCUGCACCAGCCCCUCCAACUACCAGCGCAGGCUAUACAAGAGGAGCCCCAGGAGCCGGUCGAGACCCAGCAGCAGAGCCGUGCACAGACCCACCCAUUAGAGAGGGGCCGGACAGACCGAGGGGAAAGCGAGCAAGAGAGAGAGAGAGUUUUAACUGAACA